AUGGCAAUGCAAAGCUCAUCGGUAACACCAUCGUCACUUCGCGCCAUCUCAUCAUUAGCACAACCACCUGCCAGCCUCUCGCCACCACAAUGUCGCCCUCCUCUGCCUCCACGGCGGCGUCAGCUCAGCACCUCAUGCGCUUCCCGCAAUCAAGCCCAUCCUUCUGCCUCCUCAUCCUCUCUGGCUCAGAAGUACAAUACAGGCACCUACGACCCACUACCGGCUCUCGACGCUUCAGGACAAAUUCCUCACGCUCCGUACGACCAAUCCCCCCUCGCCCUCUCAUCCCCCGAGUACCCAAAGGGCCAUAUCGUCCUUCACCCUUAUACCCAACCGCGGCCACAGGAUACCUGGCCGGCCAGCAUAGAUGCCGUCUGCCCCCUCUACGUCGAGCUGGGCAAGCGAAUUAAGUCAGAUCUCGAAGGGUGGGGCCUCAGCUUUUCUGAGGGGGACGCGAGAGCUACAGAGGCAUACAGUCGGAGGCAGGCGGGCAAGGAGCUGGAACUGCGGUUCCCUGCUUGGGAUUCUCUGACGUCAAAGCUGGAGAGGCCCACACCUGGACACGAGACUGAGCAAGAGGAGUUCCUCCUCCACCUCUACACGGGGAAUGGCAAGCAUGCAGUGCUGGGCCCGUACUCGCUUCGCACCCUUCCCUCCUCCCCCGGUCGACUGGCUGCGGCUGUAGAGAGCGCUUUGGAGACGGCGCCCCUUCCAUCAGCCCGAUAUGGCCCUAAGAACGGAGUUGCAGAGGAAGCGCACAUCUACAUCUGCACGCAUGGCAGUCGUGACUGCCGGUGCGGUGUUGUGGGAGGAGAGCUCCUCCUCUCCUUGCAAGCCGCAGUGCGCAAGCAUCAACUUACCACUCUCCAGGCCUCCUCACCCGGCUCACCACCCCCGAAGCGAGUGAAGGUCUACCCAAUCAGCCACAUAGGCGGACACAAAUUCGCAGGAAACGCCCUCGUCUACCCGCAUGGCGAUUGGUACGGAAACCUGCGCCCUUCUGAUUCGCCCUUAUUACUCAGGGCGGCUCUGGCGCCGAGCACGAGCAGGCAUGACUUGACUGAUCAGAGAGAGAGGCUGGUACAUUGGCCACGCUGGAGGGGCAGGAUUGGAGUUGGGAAGGAGAGGAUGCAGAAGGUCUGGGAUGAGUGGGGAGGUGGGAGCGUGCAGAGCGCCAUCGUUACGCCGGCGAGACGGGGGGCUAGGAGGGGGCCGCCAGCCACAUCUUCGCCGCCACCGCCACCGCCACCUGCAGUGGAGGAGCAGCCUGCUCCCACUCCUGCUGCCGCGGACCCCAUCAUGAUCCCCUUCCGCAACCACUCUGGUACGGUCACCCUUCUGAGCGCCAACCUAGGCGAAACGCUUAAAGACGUGGCUAGGCGACACAACGUCGAGGAGAUCGAGGCGACGUGCGACGGGAAGUGCGAGUGUGCGACUUGCCACGCGUAUCUCGUUCAACCAGCCGCGGCAACGACAGCGACGACGAAGGAGGGAGAAGAGCUGAGCGAGGUGGACCUUAAUGACGAGAAGAGCGUACCGGGGAAGGAGUUGAUGCCUGAGCCGAGCGAUGAAGAGAUGGACAUGCUCGACUACGCCAUCUCUCGCAAGCCUUCUUCGCGGUUGACCUGCCAGGUCAAGGUUACCCUGGAGUUGGUGGAUUGGGUCAGGACAAAGGGAGGGAGAGUGCAGCUGAGCCGGUACUGA